UGCCUACUACCCCCUAAAGUUCAAGCAGUAGUUGGUUUGGUACAUGGAUCUCAUUAUCUCUGGCCGACAUAGUUAUAACCCAUCAAAACCAAACCAAGCCAGCAAGAAACAUAAAAAGAUCAGGUAACCGUGUCUACAGAUACUCACACACAUUACAACAAGUAGCUAGUUAUAGUGGUGAUCAUGGAUAAAGAAACCGCAGUAGCAGCUGCAAGAUCUCCCAUGCAACUUAUGAUGGGAACUGCUGCAAGUGGUGGUGAGGAAUUAGAAGGCAACGGCGCCACCACCCUACGCUCACUUGAGACCUUCCUGCGUCUCCUUCCUAUUGGUCUCUGUGUAUCAGCGCUUGUCCUCAUGCUUAAGAACUCUCAAGAAAACGAUUAUGGCUCUGUUGACUACACUGAUCUUGGACCUUUCAGGUAUUUGGUACAUGCGAAUGGUAUUUGUGCUGGUUACUCUCUACUUUCAGCGGUUUUUGUUGCUGUGCCACGCCCUUCCCCCACCAUGUCCCGUGCUUGGACUUUCUUUUUGCUCGACCAGGUACUAACGUACAUAAUUCUGGGUGCGGGAGCUGCAUCAACGGAGGUGUUGUACCUGAUGGAGAAGGGAGACGCCGGAACAACGUGGAGCUCAGCUUGUGGUUCAUUUGGUCGAUUUUGUAAUAAGUUGACAGCAACAACAGCUAUCACAUUUGUGGCGGUGCUUUGCUAUGUGCUGCUUUCUAUCAUUUCCUCCUAUAAACUCUUCACCAAGUACGGUGCCCCUGCAACUGCCACUACAACCAUCGAGGUUGCUGCCGCCACUGCCACCCCUUUCCAUGGCUAGCUAGCUGACUCAAAACUUUAUAAUGUUAAUUUCAUGUGCUAGAGUAUUAUGUUGUAAUAAUUUAGUUACCUACCGCUGUGUUAGGACUUAUAGACAUGCCAAGCUCAAUUAAAUGUAAUAUAUGUGCAAAACCAUGACCUUGCGGUUGUUCUUCCUUCUUGGUUCAUGGGGUUGCUUUAACUUCCUAUAUUGAUUCUCAAAAGAAAAUGAACACAUUAGAGCACACUAGCCCUU